AUGAAGACAAAGGCGCACUUUUUCCCGAAUCUGGACCUUUCCACGAUCCUGGAGCCUGAGGAGGCCUGGGACCACAGAUAUGCGUGCACCAAGAUCAUCGCCACGAUUGGCCCUUCAUGCCAAAGUGUGGACACGCUGGUCAAAAUGCUCGAGGCCGGCAUGUCUGCCGCACGCGUGGACCUGACCUGGGGCCCCAUUGAGUACCACAGGAAGAGCCUGGACAACCUGCAGGAGGCGAUGCGUCUGACGCGCAGGAUGUGCGCCAUCGUGCUGGACACCCUGGGGCGCGAGGUCAUGAUACGGCGGCCCUUCAGGAUCGACGAGGACGGGUGGCCCACCCAGGCCGGGCAGGAGAUCAACGUGGUGGCGGGGCAGAAGCUCACACUCACUACGCGCGAUGUGGAGUGCACCAGCACGGAGCUGCCCGUGACCUACACCCGCUUCGCCGACAUGGUGGAGCCCGGGGACAGCAUCUACCUGGGACGCUACCUCGUGUCGGGCGCAGACAGCGCCUCCCUGUACCUCAAGGUGGAGGAGGUGGUGGACGGCACCGACGUAAUCUGCAGCGCGCAGAACGCGGCGCUGCUGGACGGCCUGCUCACGCUGUUCCAUGUGGAGCGCAGCAGCCGGGAGGACAUAGCUGAGGCCCGCGAGUUCCUGGACUCUGUGGGGCUGGCCUCCACCAAGAUCUUUGCAAAGCUGGAGUCACGCCAGUGGUUCGCUGAAAAGAAUGUAUGCCGUUGA